AUGGAUCUUGACAAUUUUAAGAGAGGAAAGGAAUUUUACAGCCGGAUUGGGCAUUCGUCGAAGCGAGCCUACCUUCUUCACGACCCGCCUGGAACGGGGAAAUCAAGCUUCGUGCCUGCCAGGAACGAUUUGUACGACCUCGAGCUCACUCAGGUGAAGAACAACGCGGUGCUCCAUGCACUUCUCACGCAAACAAAGGAAAAAUCUUUGAUUAUUAUUGAAGACAUCGAUUGCUUGUUGUGUCUAACUGACAGAGUUUCGAGGCUUUCUAACGACAAUGAAGAGGAGAAGAGCAGCAACAAAGUUAUUCUGUCUGGUUUUCUCAAUUUCACAGAUGGCUUGUGGUUCUGCUGCGGAGAGGAGCGUAUUAUUGUGUUUACGACCAACCACAAGGAUAUGCUUGAUCCAGCCAUACUCAGGUGUGGGAGGAUGGACAUGCACAUUCUACUCUCUUUCUGCACUUUUCCUGCAUUUAAAUCUCUUGCUUUUAAUUAUUUGGAGAUAGAGGAUCACCCACUCUUUUCCGUCAUGGAAGAGAAGAUGGCAUGCGGGGCUGAGGGCAGAUUUUAUAGAAGUUCUGAUGAAUAA